CGUCCGAGGCAACCGAUCCGCUUUCGACCCCAGAGAACGGAGGCAGCGCGAGGGCUCGAGGGGGGAGUUCUCGCACACGGGCCAAUGAAAACGAGCGGGGCGUCAGAUGGACGUCGGCUUCCGCCAAUGGGGCGGCGCGGAGGGGUUGUUGUUCCUCCUUUGUGUAAGCUCGAGGACGCCAUGCCGAGGACGCUCUCGUGAGAAGGUUCUGGAGGUUCUUAUUCCGUUGAGUUUAGUGAGGGGAAAAAAAACGGUGUUUGAAACCUGUUAUUUUUUUUUAAAAACCGUUUCCGCUGACGUUAUCGUAGCCUUUUAUUAUUUCAUUUCUUAGUUUCCUCGGGAAAUGGCAACGGGAGCUAACGCUACCCCGCUAGGAAAGCUGCACCCCAGUAUCGGCGCCAAGCGAGGUUUCGAAGCCGGGCCUGGAGCGGGUCUCAUGGCUCCGCCGGGCCCGCCUGUGCCUUUCCCGCCUCCUCCUAAUUUCCAGCAGCCGCCGCCGCCUCCCGUGCCUUUCCCGCCGGGCCACCAGUUCCCCCAGCCCGCGGCGGGGGCCUCGUUUCCUCCUCCUCCUCCUCCGCCGCCGCCGCCGCCGCCGCAGCAGCCGGCAGCCGGGAUGCAGCCGCAGUCGGGCGGCGGAGACUUCGGCCAGAAGAAACGCAAGCGGAGCCGCUGGAGCAGCGAGACUCCGGACCAGAAGACGGUGAUCCCAGGCAUGCCGACCGUGAUUCCGCCCGGGCUCACGCGAGAGCAGGAAAGAGCAUACAUAGUCCAACUGCAGAUCGAAGACCUGACUCGUAAACUGCGUACAGGAGACCUGGGAAUCCCUCUUAACCCUGAGGACAGGUCCCCCUCGCCGGAGCCCAUCUACAACAGCGAGGGCAAGAGGCUGAACACGCGGGAGUACCGCACCCGCAAGAAGCUGGAGGAGGAGCGGCACCUGCUCAUCCAGGAGAUGGUGGGCCUGAACCCCGAGUUCAAGCCCCCCGCGGAUUACAAGCCCCCUGCCACCCGCGUCAGUGACAAGGUGAUGAUUCCCCAGGACGAGUAUCCCGAAAUCAACUUUGUGGGCCUGCUGAUCGGACCACGAGGCAACACCCUGAAGAACAUCGAGAAGGAGUGCAGUGCCAAGAUCAUGAUCCGGGGGAAGGGCUCGGUGAAGGAGGGCAAGGUGGGCCGCAAGGAUGGCCAGAUGCUGCCCGGGGAGGACGAGCCGUUGCACGCCCUGGUCACCGCCAACACCAUGGAGAACGUCAAGAAGGCCGUCGAGCAGAUCCGCAACAUCCUCAAGCAAGGCAUCGAGACCCCCGAGGACCAGAACGACCUGCGCAAGAUGCAGCUGAGGGAGCUGGCGAGACUCAACGGCACCCUGCGGGAGGACGACAACCGGAUCCUGAGGCCGUGGCAGAGCUCGGAGCCGCGCAGCAUCACCAACACGACGGUCUGCACCAAGUGUGGUGGCGCAGGGCACAUCUCCUCUGACUGCAAGUUCACCAGCUCUUUCGCCUCCAGGCCGGGGGAGCCGCAGUCGGCCCAGGACAAGGCCCGGAUGGACAAGGAGUACCUGUCCCUGAUGGCGGAGCUGGGCGAAGCUCCCGUUCCGUCCUCUUCGGGCGGCCACUCCAACGCCCCGCACCACGGCGGCCAUCGGGGCUCGGGCCCCGGCGGCAACCAGCCCCAGCAGAACCGGCCGCCCUGGAUGAACUCCGGCCCGUCUGAGAACAGGCACUUUCCCAGCAUGCAUGGCGGCCAUGGCGGCCACGGCGGCCCGGGAGGGCAUCACAACUUCCCGCCGCCGAUGGGAAUGGGCGGCCCACCCAUGCCGCCCAACCCCAACGGGCCCCCUCCUCCUUGGAUGCAGCCCCCCCCUCCUCCGAUGAACCAGGGUCCUGGGCCACACGGACACCCCCAUAUGGGCCUGCUGCCGCCUCCAAUGGGUCUGAUGCCCCCUCCUCCACCUCCCAAUAGCCAGCCGCCGCCGCCGCCUUCAGCGCCGCUCCCUCCGUGGCAGCAGCAAGCCCCCCCUCCGCCUCCGACCAGCAGCAUGGCCACCAGCGCACCGCUGCCAUGGCAACAGAACACCAUCACCACCUCUUCUCCGGGCUCUGGAAACCUGCCCCCUUGGCAGCAGCAGCAGCAACAGCAACCCCCGCCCCCCAUGGAUCCCUCCAACUUCGUCACGAUGAUGGGGAUGGGGGUCCCCGGGAUGCCGCCCUUUGGGAUGCCCCCUGCGCCCCCUCCUCCGCCCCCCCAGAACUAAGCUGCCCCCCCUCCUUCCACCCUCCCACCCCCGGGUGGAGCAGAUGUGCGGACUCUGACCUUAACGCAACUGUUUUUAGAAAAAAACAACACGAUGUAAAUACUGGAUUUCCACACAGGGCAUUUUUAAAAGGGGAAACUUUUAACGUUGACAUCACCACGCUGUUCUCUAAAGGUUUGGAGUGUGGUGGUGAAACCAGUAUACUGGUCCCAUACCCUCGAGGCCCUCUUGCAGAGUCUUUCACGAGGGAGGAGAGUCCUCCUGUGUGGAACAGUCUUAGACCUGAUGAACGUGGCGCUCUUUCGAGUUGGUUUUAGACUUGAAACACCGGAAGACCCCUGUGUGUGUGUGUGUGUGUAAUUAUUCUGCUGUGGAGGUCUGAGCAUGACGGGGGUGCUGUACUGAGGAACAGUGUCGGCAUUCCCAGCCCAGCCCCAGGUAAACUGAUCAAUCCCGUGUUUCUUCCCUGUAAAUCUCACCCUGACAUCGACCUCUUUUGUCUUCUAGCUUGCAAAUUGCAACUUGAGUUUGCUGUCCUAGCUUAGGACUCCUGGUUGUUUUUUUUUUGGGGGGGGGUCAGUUAUGUGUAUAUUGUUUCCUAGUGAGAUGUUUGGUUUUUCAUUGUUGUAAAAACACGGCUUCCUUGGUAAUUUUGUGAUCCGAAGAGGCGAUCCUCCCCAGUCCUGGUUUGCAAUGAAAAAUGAACCCCUGGGAUCUUUCUAAAAUUACUCAUUAGGGCCUAAUGGGGCAUAGGUCAUUUAAUUUCAAGCUGUGGAUGGAAACCCGAUUUGUAAAUCUUUUUAUUUUCCCCUGUAAUGGGUAGUUUGGGCUUCCGAGAUCCUCUGAAUCGCGGGAAGAUCUUCUAAGCCACAGAACGGUUUUAUUUGCGAAGUCAAAUUCAGAAGCUGUGGGAAAAUGUGAUUGAAAGGUCGGUGUUGCUAAUGGGUGGUGCCUGUUGCUUUUGAAACGGCAGAAGCCUUUUCUCUCCUCAACAGAUGAGAACCGUUUCCCCGAGUAGACAGAUCUAAGCUGUUCUUCACCAGCUGCCGCCCCCUCUCCCUCAGGGUUUUUUCUUGUCAUUCAAAACCGCGUCCUGAAACUGACCAUCUAAAAGGCCCCUGGCAAGACCUGCAGUUUGUCUGCCUUAAAAUGUGCAAGUCGUCAGAUGUGAAGAGUAUUACGAAUGUUCCUGAACUGGCAUCGAAAAUGUGUCAUCUGUUAAACGUGUAAAAAGACUUUUUGUAGUUUGUUUUUUUUAAGCUUGUUCUCCCCAAGUUGGACAUCUGGGCCCCAUGCCCCCUGUGACCUUGCCAGCAACACUACGUAUUGGUCAGUGUGCUUUGUGGUCUUGCUACCAGGAGUUCUGCUGUGCCCCCUUCCCAGCCCCCUGAGCGGCUUUUUGAUAUAUCGGUUCUAUUGACUUUCUAUUAUUGAUGUUUAUUUUCUGUAUCUUUUCAGUGAAAAUAAAGGGGAGUUAUAAAUUUACAGAA